AUGCCGACCGAUAUGAGCAAGUUUCAGCUAGUGCAGACCGCCAAGUAUUCGGUGUUGCACCCUAUUAAAGGUGCGAAGCCUAUGAAACCUAUCGCGGGUGCAAAGACGGCAGCUCCAAAAAAGACGGCUCCUGUGAAGAAAGCAGCUCCAGCUAAGAAAAAACAGGAGGCUUCGAAGAAGUCUACACCUGCUAAGGCUGAAGAUGAUGACGAUGAUCUGUUUGGUGAUGAUGAUGAAGAGGAAGAUGACGAGGCUGCGAAAGCUUUAGCUGCUAAGCGUGCUGAGGCAGCCAAGGCGGCGAAGAAGGAGAAGAAGAAACCCAUUGAGCGGUCGCAAGUGGUCAUUGAAGUGAAACCGUGGGAGGCUGAGACCGAUCUUGAGGAAUUGGCCACGAAGAUUAAAGCUGUACCGAUUGAAGGUUUGACGUGGGGUGAAGGCCACAAAUUAGUACCUGUGGCUUUUGGAAUUAAAAAGUUGCUGGUGCAGUGCGUUAUUGUGGACGAUCUUGUGCUUCUUGACGACAUUACGGAAGCUAUUGAAAGCUUUGAAGACUAUGUUCAGUCUGUAGACAUAGCUUCGAUGAACAAGCUAUAA